AUUCAGAAAAGAUGGAGAAUCAUACAUUCAUCAUGGUUCAAAGCUCCUUAAAUUUUGUUUGUGGGAGAACAGUACCUAAGAUACAUCAUUUCAAACCGGUCCUAGUUUUUGAAAAUAUUGCCCGCCCAAUUCAAGAUGAGAUUGAAGAAAAAAUAGCCCCAUUUUUGAACUCUCUUGAAAUUAAAUCUACAGAGGCAGCAUGCGAUACUUUUGGCAGAGUGGUUGAUUCUGUAUUUGCUGAUGGAAAAGCAAAUUGGGGUCGUCUUUUUACAACCAUUCUAUUUGGAGGUAUUAUCGCUAAAAAAUUACAGAUGUGUGGAGUUCCUCUGACACAAAGCAAUGAGGAUCAGCUUAUACAUUACAUCACAGCAUACAUCACAAGUACAAAAUCAGAAUGGAUCGUGGAAAAUGGAGGAUGGGAAUAUGGUUUUGUUAAGCAUUUUGAGAGACCUUUCCACAAUAUGAAGAUCAGAAUCAUGGACUUAUUCAAGAAUUACUAUCCGCCGUUUUGGUUAAUAUUCCCUGUUUAA